UUUGCUCUCAUUUCAUCACACGCUUGACAUUGAGUUUGCCAUUAAACAAUCAAGUUUUUAGCAUCAUGUCCAAGUUCUUGAUUGCUUCCCUCCUCACUCUCUGGCUCGUUCUUUGCACGCUCGAAGCUGAUGAAAGGGUCAACAUUCAUGCCUUUGGACCAUCUCCUCCUCAAAAAAUAGAUUGUGGGAAGGAAUGUAGUAGGAGGUGCCGGCUUUCAUCGCGGCCGAGGCUCUGCGACCGAGCCUGUGGAACUUGCUGCAAUCGGUGCAACUGUGUGCCACCAGGCACCGCCGGCAACCAGGAGAUAUGCCCUUGCUAUGCCAACAUGACUACACACGGCGGCAGGAAGAAGUGCCCUUAAAGCUUCAUCAGUUGGCGUUUCAUGUCUGAAAAUCCAAAUGUUGUUUUCGAUUCAUUCCCUGAACAUUUAUUAAAGUAAUUAUUGUCAGUCAUAAAUAAAUUUUCGUAUAAUUGUGUAAAACUACUACAAAAGAAUAUUAUAUCUGCUUGCUGUUAUUUAUAUGAAGAUCUAAAAAUAACGCGGUUUAUUAUUA